ACAUUGUAUAUAGCUGUGUGCGCGGUGUGUGGAUUGGCCGUCGGUUUUUUACUUUAUUCACGUGGUUAUUGAUUAAUUCAAUCACCUUAAAGUGCAUAAGUCAAAAGUAGAAAGUGUAACAAUUGCCUGCAAAUAGUUUGCGUAAUAGAAGCAUUCCAAAUAAACACAAAAGACUAGUUGACGAUGCCGGAACAAAGCGCGGAGCAGGAAUCUCAGCCACAGGCACCACAACAAACUAAAGUGCCCGUUUAUGAUUCUAACAUACUGCCAGAUAUGCUGCCCGUUUACUACAGACGUCUCUUUCCACAUGAGCCCUUUUAUCGCUGGCUCAACUAUGGACACUCGGAAGAUAACAUAUUUGUGAAUCGGGAGAUAUCCUUUACUUUGCACGACGAUAUCUACAUACGCUACUUGUGCUUUGAGACACAAGCCGAGCUGGAAAAGGAGAUAUGUUCAAGUAAUCCGUACAAAAUUGAUAUUGGCGCUGUUUUGUCCACCAGGCCAAAGAACUUUCGAACCGUCGCCGGCGGUUUGACGCCUGUGCAACGUGAAUUGGUCUUUGAUAUCGAUGCAACGGAUUACGAUGAUAUACGCAACUGUUGUUCCGGUGCGGAAAUGUGUCUCAAGUGCUGGAAAUUCAUGGUGCUGGCAGCACGUGUUCUCGAUGCCGCAUUGCGCGAGGACUUUGACUUUGAGCACAUGCUGUGGAUAUUCUCCGGUCGUCGUGGCAUCCAUUGCUGGGUCUGCGAUCACACGGCACGCCAUUUGGAUGCACGCGCACGUGCAGCGGUCACCGAGUACCUCAACAUACUCAGCUAUACGAAUAAUGCGGCACGCGUUCAAAUAGGCGAUCGGACGCAUCAUAGUCUGCGGCGGGCGCUGAAGAUUGUGGAGCCCAUGUUCGAGGAGAUUGUGUUAGAGGAUCAGAAUCUGUUUGGCACGCCCAAGGGUAUUAACAAGCUGCUGCAAAUGGUCAGCGAUGAGGGUGCGCGCAACGAGCUGGAGGCAUAUCUGCAGAAGACGCACGAGGAUGGCGCCCACUCGAAACUGAUCUGGGAGAGCUUUGUGCGCUUUGCGAACUCGAUGCGUACCAGUGCCGCCAAUGUGUGGAGUCGUAAACUGAAGCAUAUUGUGCAGGAGGUGCAGCUGUGCUUGCUCUAUCCUCGUCUGGACAUCAAUGUGACCAAGGGCUUCAAUCACUUACUCAAGGCGCCCUUCUGCAUACAUCCGGCCACGGGCAAGAUCUGUAUACCCUUCAGCAUCAGCGCUGUCGCCAAGUUUGAUCCGAUAACGGUGCCGACCAUAUCCCAGUUGCUGCAAGAGAUUAACGCUUACGAUGACAAGACCAAAAGCUAUAUGGAUGCGCCCGAAGAUAAGAGUCGCAUCAAGGAUUAUAAGAAGACCAGCAUGUUCAAGGGCGUUGUGGUAUUCGAGGAGUUUCUGCGCAAACUCGAGCGGAAUUUUAAGAGUCAAUCUAUGGACUUUUGAGCCGGAUUAAAUUAAAACACAAAGUUAAAUUUGAAUUUAUUUGCAUUUCAAUAAAAAUCCCAUUAGA